UCCCGACCUCUUGUAGACCACCUUUCAUUUGAACGCGAACUAUCUGCUUUACAAAACUAUUCUAUCUCACAAUUCAUUAUAAUUUUCGUUAUUCCAGUAGUGAACCGUAAUUGCGCAAUUAGAGAAAUACCAGUUUUACUGCAACCGUAAUACUCUUUGUAACCUUCAAGCCAUUGGAAGACUAUAGAAUAACUCAAAUGAAUUCUAUACUAAUUACCGGUUGCAAUCGUGGAUUGGGUCUGGGCAUUGUUAAAACACUUGUGAAAUUACCACAGCCCCCACAACACAUUUUUGCAACAUGCAGAGAUCUCGACAAAGCCACAGAACUAAAGGAUUUAGCAGCCAACCAUUCGUCAAUACAUAUUUUGGAGAUCGACUUGCUUAAUUUUAAUAAUUAUGGCAAUAUAAUAAAACGAGUAGGUGAUGUGGUGAAGGGUGACGGAUUGAAUGUGUUAUUCAAUAACGCUGGUUUUGCUCCCAAAUCUACGCGUAUAACUACAGUUAAAUUAGAUGAGUUGGUGCAGACUUUACACACGAAUACUAUUGCACCAAUAAUGCUAUCAAAGGUUUGCCUUCCACUAUUAAAACGGGCUUCUAUAGCUAAUAAAAAUAUUGGAAUGGGGGUUAGACGAGCCGCUAUUAUAAACAUGAGUUCAAUUCUCGGUUCCAUUGAAGCUAAUACAGAUGGAGCUAUUUAUGCAUACCGCACUUCGAAGGCUGCUUUGAAUGCCGCAACCAAAUCAAUGAGUAUCGAUCUUCUUAAAGACGGAAUUCUUUGCGUAAGUUUACAUCCCGGUUGGGUGCGUACCAAUCUGGGAGGCUCCAGUGCUCCUCUUGAUGUGAGAACCAGCUCAAGGUCAAUCAUAGAAAUUCUCUUCCAAUUUAAUGAGAAGAAUAACGGCGGAUUCUAUCAAUAUGAUGGGCAAAAAUUACCUUGGUAGAAUGUUUUUUAUUACUAUUGUUAUUUAUUUUCCUGUGUUAAAUUUAUACCUAAAUAUUUACUUAUGCAUAAACUAGA